CUUUUUAACACAUAAAGUAUAAUGGUCAUUGAGGUCCGUUGAAUAGCUUUCACUGGAAUGAACAUAAUGAAAUCACAGAUCCAAUGCAUUUUGCUCCUCUCUUUACUGCUGAUGUCCACAGUACAAUGCGAUCAGCAGAAGACACAAGUAUACACAUCCUGCAGCCAGCUCUCGGCCAUUGGGACAUUACGAACUUCCGUUCCAGAAUCUAAUUCCUUGCAGGAAAUUGAAAGCAACAAACAACGCUAUGAUGUAGAUCUGGGAAUAACUACCAAUAACGACCUGACAUUCACGCACAUUAACCCGUACUUCAACCUGACCAGGGCACCACGGACAGAUGGACAAACAGGAAGCACGUGGCACCUACAGGUGGUCCGUCCACUGGACAGAGAGGGUGCUACCCCACUGGAAAAUAAGAAUGUGAUUGAAUACACUCUGAAAUGUACCGCAAACCAUAUCACGGUCUACUUUCUAUUGUUGAGAGUCAAUGUUGCUGACGUCAACGACUGCAGCCCUGUUUUCAUCAACGUGCCAUACAGUUUCAGCAUCAACGAGCUCACCCCGAUUGGCACAACCGUUUUCUCCGCAAUAACUGCCACAGACCGUGACAUGGGUGACAAUGGACGGAUCACGUACCACAUAAGACCUGGAUCGAAUAGCGGGGCCGACCUGUUCUCGCUACCUGACCCCAACGUUGGAGUGGUUACCCUCAAGUCCACGCUUGACUUUACCAAACACGACCAUGUUGUCUUGGAGGUCGAAGCACGGGACAACCCUUCGACUGGCUAUUCUCAUUACGCCUACACAGCGAUCAACGUCAAUAUCGUGGACGGGGACGACCAAGGCCCUCAGUUUAUCUACCCAUCCUGCAUCAAAGAGGAUGGGAUAUGCUUCAACCCAAGUUACACCGCUACCAUUACUGCCGGCGUCACUCAUGGCGAGCUGCACGUGCUGCCAGAUCCUGUCGACACUGACAACCCGCACAACCCAGUCGUGAUCUCGGCCAGGGACAGGGACACGUUAAACAUGCCACUCACCUUCUCGAUCGUACAGACCGAACCCGAGGGGUACGCCAGCUACUUCAGCAUCGCCACAAGGAAGGCAGCUGGGGCAACAUACACUGGCAUCCUACACAUGACGUCCCCCCUCCCAGCCCCUGCUAACAUGACACAGCUGAGGGUCCUGAUCAAGGCAACGGAAACCUCUGAAAAGCGGCACUACGAGCGAGCCAUCGUCUAUAUCAACGUUAAACCCUCUUCGCCUCUGAUUGGGUGACCACAACAUUAAGCACCAGUAGAGAUGGGGGAUUCAUUUCCUGUGACUUGUUUUCUCGGAGAGUCCCGUUGCUCGCAUGAACUGUGAUAAUUUGCCUCAUGUGCUGUGAAUGGAACAAUCAAAACCACAACCGUUUGUUUUCGGUAAACAUUUAAUCACAUAUCUUCUCAACUGUAUUUGAUGAGUCACGCAGCUGAAAUCUAUACAUAGUGUAUGUACAUCAAAUCGAAAUAAAAUACACACGUAAAAUUAAAAAAAUAUAAAAUAGCAAAAUAUAUCAGAUUUGAGCAAUUUCAUUUGUCAAUAAUUGUCUAUGUCAAUAUACCAGUAUAAGAGACAUGAUUGACAGCAAUAAAGUUGGUGAACGAUAACCUUUCCACUUCAUUCUUGAGAUGAAACAAGA